AUGGGCCAUGCUUUUCUACGACAUGUCGUUUGGAGCAAAAUACUAAGAGGUUCAUGCAAAAGAUAUGAAAGUUUCCGUGGCGUUCAGUACAAAGAAUGUGCGCUAGUUGCUGCUGCUCGUUUAUCAAAUCAGUACAUCAGGGACCGUUUUCUCCCUGACAAGGCAAUAGAUUUGAUUGACGAAGCAGGUUCCCGAGCUCGGAUUCAACAGGAAAAGGUAGCAAUUAGGGGGGAACUUGUUGUAACCAAAUCAGACAUUCAACACGUGAUUUCAUCCUGGACGGGAAUUCCAUUAGAUAAACUCUCACAGUCUGACCAAAAGCUACUAGCUAUGGAGAAAGUUCUACACAAUCGCAUAAUUGGACAGAAUGAAGCUGUGGAGGCCAUUAGCCGCGCCGUUCGUUGUGCUAGGGUGGUGAUAAGAGACCCCAGCCGGCCAUUAGCGAGCUUCCUAUUCACAGGCCCGAACGGGGUAGGUCAAACAAAAUUGGCCAAUGCGUUUGCUGUUGAAUAUUUUGGAUCAAAAGAAGCCAUCGUCAGGCUUGACAUGAGUGAGUACAUGGAGAAACAUACUGUUUCGAGGCUUAUUGGAUCACCCCCUCGUUAUAUGAGUUACAAUGAAGGUGGACAGCUCACAGAAGCUGUUCAUUGUACGCCCCAUUCGGUUAUCCUCUUUGACGAGAUUGAAAAGGCUCACAAAGACAUCUUUGAUGUGCUGCUUCAGAUUCUAGAUAAUGGCAGGCUCACAAAUGGUAAAGGUCGGACUGUAGAUUUCAAAAAUACCACUAUCAUUUUGACAUCAAAUUUUGGCAACAAUGUUAUUGGUGAAAAGGCACAGUUCAGUUUUGAUCAAGUGAAGGGGGAAGUUGCGAAUGAACUGCGAAGAAAUUUCAGGCGUGAGUUCUUGAAGAGGAUUGAUGAAGUGAUGGUGUUUAAGCAGCUUGAUGAUGUUGAGCUAGAACAGGUUGCGGACAUUAUGCUGAAAGAAGUUAGCCAAAGACUCGAGAAGAGAAUUUUUCUUACUUAUACAGAUUACUUUAAAAAGAAAUUGGUGAAAGAAGGAAACCAUCCAAGCUAUGGAGCUAGACCUAUGAGAAGGGCCAUUGUAAGGCUCUUGGAAGAUAGCUUGGCUGAUAGGAUCUUGAGAGGUGACAUAAAAGAAGGGGACACAGUUACUGUGGAUCUUGACAGUAAGGGCGAUGUAGUCCUUAAUCAUUUAGGACUUGUUCAGUUGCAUUUUUGA